AUGCGGCGCAUCCGACUGGCAGCCUAUAUCUCAAAGUUUAUGUGCUGCCUGUACAGCAUUAUUGCAUUUCCGGACGUCUUGCCAGUCAAGAUCUCGAACGCGCUAUUUUCCCCACCAACGCUGAGGAGGGCACUAGUGCGCAACGUUGCAUACCGUUCAACAGUAGGCCCUCACCCGAUCGCUUUUCAAGCCACUCGGUUCUCUGUGACGCACUGGGAUAGCACCGACGCGAUUCUGGUUCUGAACCAGUGUUUCUCGACGCGAUCUUCGUAUUCGAAGUCGGGGUCACUGCAGUUCCCGGCCCGAACGUGCUACCCGAAGUGGUUGUGGCUGACCCGCGACCGCGAACAAAGCGAAAUGCGGGUGGCACAAUCGCGGCCCGGGGUGCAUAAUUCAUUUGUUUCUAUUACCCUCAAGCGCAAUCACAAGCGCAAGACCUUCAAGUCUCAAGCUCUCAAGAUCGUCUUCGAUACUGGGUGGUUGGGGUGGUUGGACUCGGUCUGCGGCACUAGCAGCCCAGGAAGCUCUGCGGGUGGUCAAGGCUCAACGUUCGACUUCGAGGUCCUAGACGAUAAUCAAGACGCAGCACUGGUGUUCUGCAUCUCUGGGGUAUCACUGACCGCCACCGGUCUUUCGUCUUCGUCUGUGUCUAUGCGGCUUGUUCUCGCCCUUGACGUCUUCUCUUUGGCGGCUUGGACCUCUUGUGCUGUUCGCCGCCACAUCUAUCACGUGAAGACUCUCGCAGGCGGCUGA